AUGGAGACAAUCUUUACUGCCGUUCCUUGUCUUUCCCCGCUCAAGGUACAAGUAGCGGUCACCUAUCUUGUGGAGCAAGGAAGGCAUUGGUGGGAUAGUGCAAGACCUUCUGAUAUAUCUCAGUUAGACUGGGAUACCUUCAAGCUGAUGUUCUAUGAUCACUUCUUUUCGAAGGAGUUACAAAUGGAAAAGCAAUUCCUGUUCUAUUCCUUGAAGCAGGGAGAGAUGCAUGAGGAUCAGUUUAUCACAAGGUUUAUAGACUUGGCGAAGUAUGUGCCCAGGCAGACGGAAGAUCAUUCAUUCUGGCUAGCUCAACAAUUGAUGAAUCGUGCAAGGCCAGAGCUGAAACAGCAAUUGGCCCUGUUAGAGGUCAAUACAUUUGAGGAGAUGUCUGUGAAGCUGCGGGUUGCGGCUAGAAGGACAAGAGAGGUGGUAGAGGCAAGGAAGGCUGAGAAUCAAGCUAGAGCAGCCUGUUAUCCUGGUCCUACAGGAGGAGUGGGGAAGUGGUGUGACAGGAAGAGGAGUCAGUAUAGCUCUGGGAGCUCAAGUAGCUCAGGGAGAAAUAGGAAUCAAGGGCAGAAUCAGAGGGCGAACGCUCAGAGGGGCUUUAUGCAAAGGCGCCAGAAUCUAAACAAUCAAACUGGCGGGGGACAGGGCUCCUGUCGAGAUUCAUCAGUGACCACCCCGAGUGUUACUGGACCGUGCCCCAAAUAUGGGGUUAGGUAUGCGGGGCAAUGCUGGGAGUGCUUUCGAUGCCACCGGUGGGGACAUAUUGCCAGAAACUAUCCAGAGAGUCAACCGACACCUCAAGCUAGCCGUUCUACUGUUCCGGCACGUGUAUAUGCCAUGACAAAUGAGGAGGCUUCUGCAUCUCCGAACUUGAUUCGAGGUAACAUUCUACUUGAGGGGCAUGUUAUUUCUGCUUUAUUUGACUCAGGUGCUAUGCACUCCUUUAUUUCUGUGGACUAUGCUCAGAAGUUGAGCUUGCUUGUGGUUGAGCUACCUUAUGAUUUGAGAGUGUCUACUCCUGCUGGAGUCUCUGUCGUAACUGGAAGAGCAUGUCUAGAGCUUGCACUUCAGUUUGAGAACCAAGUUCUACAAUAG